AUGAAUUCUAUGAUCACGACGACGACGUGGGUGAGGCGUGGGGUCGCCGCCCAGUUUCCCAUAAAAUAUGAGAUCGACGAAGCUGAAAUCAACCGGAUAUCAGAGAUUGCCCGCAUGCAAUUGGAAGACGCCAAGGGAGAUUUGAAGGCUGCAAAGGAGGAUGCAGAUGCAGACGCAAUGGAUGAGGAUACGACUGAAAAGACUUCCCAAAAGACUUCCAAAAAGACUUCAAAAGACGAAGAUCACGACGAUGAAGACGACGAUCUAAAAGAGUACAACCUCGAACACUACGAUAGCGACGAAGUCGACGAAGAUGGCGAAGAAGUCACCAUGUUCGGUAACGUCAAGUCUCUCGCCUAUCACAAACCAGGCGAGAAGGACCCUUAUCUCGAAUUCCCUGAAGAAGACAACGACGAGGAGCGCGAGGAACUGCAAAUUCUUGGAACAGACAACUUGUUAAUAGCCGGAAAGCUGGAAGAUGAGGUAGCUCAUCUUGAGGUAUAUGUUUAUGAAGAUUCCGCGGAUAAUCUGUAUGUGCAUCACGACGUUAUGCUCCCGGCCAUUCCACUUUGUGUGGAAUGGCUCGAUUUCCCGGUUGGAAAGAAUGAGGAAGGACGCACAAAUGGAAAUUUCGUGGCUGUGGGUACUAUGGAACCUGAUAUCGAAAUCUGGGAUCUCGACAUUGUCGACUGCAUGUACCCAAACGCCAUCCUCGGCGCGGGCGACGGCGACGACGACAAGAAGAAGAAAAAGAAGAAGUCCAAGAAGUCGAAUGACGAAUACCACGUUGAUUCCGUCCUGGCACUGUCAGCAAACAGACAGCACCGCAACCUUUUGGCAUCUGCGUCUGCCGAUUUGACCGUCAAAUUAUGGGACCUCAACACGCAAAAAUGCGCUAAAUCGUACAACUACCACAAGGAUAAGAUCUGUGCUCUUGACUGGAAUCCCAGAGAAUCUACCAUCUUGCUCAGUGGAAGUUACGAUCGUACCGUCGUUGCGGCAGAUAUGCGUGCACCAGACGCAAAAGCGCCUCGUUGGCAGGUUGCCUCUGAUGUUGAGAACUUGCGUUGGGAUCCUCAUGACCCCAACUUCUUCUACGUCACCACCGACACCGGUCUGGUCUACAAGUACGAUGCGCGCAACGCACCUGCUACACCCGCUGAAUCCAAACCUGUCUGGACAUUGCAAGCGCACGACGACUCCGUCUCGUCGUUCGACAUUAACCCACGCGUUCCCGGGUUUUUGGUCACCGGUUCUACCGACAAACAAGUCAAGAUCUGGGAUACAGCCAAUGACAGACCCAACAUGGUCGUGUCACGCAAACUCGAAGUCGGUAAAGUGUUUUCGACAUCGUUUGCGCCAGACCCCGAAGUUAGCUUUCGUCUUGCUGUUGCUGGUAGUAAAGGCGUUGUGCAGGUGUGGGAUACUUCUACCAAUGCUGCUGUGCGUCGCGCUUUUGCUGGUCGUACGCCGGAUAUCGUUGCUGGGGAAGAGGGGGAGAUUAAGGAGAGGAUCUUGGGCGUGAACCAAAAUGAUGAUAGUGAUUCAUCGGACGGUGAGGAGGGUGGUGAGAACAAAGAUGGAUGGGAGUCGAUGGAGGAGGAUUAG